AAACUCCUACUAUUUUUCAACUACUCCAUUCAUAUCAUUAUUUUCCCCCUCACACUCAACUUCAACUUUAUUUUCUCCUUCUCUAAUACUCCAUCUGCCAGUCAAAAUGGGGUUUAUAGAGAAUGAAGAGAGGAGGCUGUUAAUGGAGUUUGAAAUGGAAGAAUUAAAGCGUAUCUUAGUAGCCUGUUCGGGUCGAAAAGACGACGAAGAAUCCAAAGGCUCGCGUCGUUCUAACACGGAAAUUAUAGCCGACUAUGAUCACGGCGACAAGGUUGUUUGCGUUACUAGCGGUGUUUCCUUUUUAGGCCUCGCCAUUGUUAACCGCCUCCUCCGCGGUGGUUACUCCGUCAGAAUCAUUGUUCAUACUCAAGAGGAAAUGGAGAAAUUGAGGGAGUUGGAAACAGCAGGGGAGAUGGGGUCAGGGAACAGUAGCAUCAAGGCAGUUAUGGCAAAACUAACAGAAAUGGAAAGUUUAUCGGAAGCAUUUGAAGGCUGUCGUGGCGUUUUCCACACCUCUUGUUUUACCGACCCUGCUGGCCUUUCUGGCUACACAAAAUGCAUGGCUGAAAUAGAAGUGAGGGCAUGUGAGAAUGUGAUGAAGGCAUGUUCAAGAACAGCAUCGGUUAGGAAUUGUGUGCUCACAUCUUCACUUUUGGCCUGCAUAUGGAGAGAUGCUUCUUCACAACAACUUUCUCCUCUCAUCAAUCAUCAAUCUUGGAGUCAUGAAUCUUUUUGUGCCCAUAAAAAGCUUUGGUAUGCGUUGGGUAAGGUGAAAGCAGAGAAGGCAGCAUGGAGAAUUGCAAAGGAGAAUGGUUUAAAAUUGGCAACUAUAUGUCCAGCUCUUAUCACAGGUCCAGACUUCUAUCAUAGGAAUCCAACAUCAACAAUUGCCUAUCUAAAAGGAGCACAAGAAAUGUUUGCAGAUGGGCUGCUAGCAACCAUUGAUGUUAUGAAACUUGCAGAGGCACAAGUGUGUGUGUUGGAGGCAAUGAACAAAACAGCAUAUGGCAGGUACAUUUGCUUUGACAAUGUCAUUCAAAGUGAAUCCCAAGCAGAAAGAUUGGCAAAACAGACAGGCUUGCCUGCAAGCAAGAUAUGCGGAAAUUUACCCGAUCGUAUUCCGGUUCGAUUCGAAUUGUCAAAUAAAAAGAUGUUAACCCUAAUGUCAACCCCGCUUCGCAACUGUUUUAAUCAAAGUUAGGAAUGAAAUUACUUGUAAUCUAAGUUGUUUUGUGAGUGAGCAUCAAGUGUUUAGUUAGCUAAUGCCAGUUUGAUCUUAUAAAAAGAGCCCUACUUCGUACC